UCGGCCUCGUUGUCGACCUACUUUACAGGAAGUUACGGGACGGCAGCACUUCGCUCACUGUCCCUUGCCAUCUCGCCCCAGUCACUUCCGUCGGACUUCGCGUCCUCUUGCCAGACGCUACGCCUUAUUCAUCGUUGCUUCAGCAAUUUCCUUCUUUGGUUCGCUCUACUACUGACUCUACCGAGUCUAAACACGACGUUCGUCAUCAUAUCGUCACCACAGGUCCACCCGUGUCAGCCAAACCGAGACGUCUUCCACCUGACAAGCUCCAAGCGGCUAAACGCUAAUUCGAGCACAUGCUCAACUUCGGGAUCAUUCGCCCAUCCAACAGUUGUUGAGCUUCCCCGCUUCAUCUGGUAUCCAAAAAGUCCGGUGAUUGGCGUCCAUGCGGUGAUUACCGGGCACUCAACGCCGUUACUAUCCCCGACAGAUACCCUAUCCCCCAUAUUCAUGAUUUUUCAUUGGGAUUGUCCGGGAAAUCCGUCUUUUCCAAGAUUGACCUUGUGCGAGCGUACCAUCAAAUUCCAAUGGCAUCUGAGGACAUUGCUAAAACGGCCGUUAUCACACCUUUCUGUUUGUACGAGUUCACUCGUAUGCCUUUUGGCCUUCGCAAUGCGGCACAGUCCUUCCAGCGCUUCAUGGACCAGAUCCUCCGUGGUCUAGACUUUGUUUUUGUCCACAUUGACGAUGUUUUCAUAGCCAGUACCACGCCAGAAGAGCACUUGAAUCACCUUCGACAAGUAUUCGAACGCUUCCAUCAUCACGGGAUAACCAUUAAUCCUGAUAAAUGUCUAUUUGGUCAAUCUAACGUCGAUUAUCUUGGUCACAAAAUUGAUAGCAAAGGCAUUAGUCCCAUCUCUGAGAAAACCCAGGCAAUCAUGGACUAUCCACUGCCUCAAUCCGUUAAAAACCUGCGCCAAUUCCUUGGCAUGGUUAAUUAUUACGGAAGAUUCAUUGACAAUUGUGCUGCCGUUCUUCAGCCUUUGACUGAUCUACUUAAAGGUAAUCCAAAAAAGUUCAUCAUUACGCCAGAAGCCGAAACAGCGUUUGUUGCCAUCAAGCAGAAGUUGAGCCAGGUAACAUCCCUUAGCUACUUGGACACCGACGAGAAAGCCACUCUCGUUCUCAAGACUGAUGCCUCACAAUCCGCUGUCGGCGCUGUACUACAACAACUAAUCGGCAAUGAGGUUCAGCCGCUGUCUUUCUUUUCUCGGAAGCUACAACCAGCACAAACGAGAUAUAGUACUUUCGGUCGCGAACUUCUCGCGAUCUACUUGGCCCUCAAACACUUUCGUCAUUUCCUUGAAGGACGACGUUUUGUAAUUCUGACGGACCAAAAGCCUUUGGUCUACACUUUUCGUGCCGCUUCCGAUCGCUAUUCUCCGACAUCUGGAUUACCUCUCACAAUUUUGUGUCGACAUUCGCUACCUCGAUGGUCCAAAUAAUGUUGUCGCUGAUGCACUUUCACGUGCUCACCUACAUCAACUGUCGUCCUCUCCAAUAGACCUUGAGGAAAUGUCUGUUGCCCAGAACAACGGUCCUGAACUCGCUCAGCUUCGAUCGAAUACCACAUUGAAAUUCUUGCAGUUACCAAUUUUAAACUCAGACGCAAGGAUUUACUGCGAUGUCUCCACCGGUAAGCCAAGACCGUUUGUUCCACAGUCUUUCCGGCGAACCUUCUUUGACCAUUUUCAUGGAUUAUCGCAUCCUAGCAUUCGAUCUACUGUGGAGUUGAUUACUGAUCGUUUCAUCUGGCCUAGUAUGCGCUCGGAUAUCCGCCAAUGGGCUAAACACUGUCUCAGCUGCCAGAGCAGCAAAGUACACAGACACACUAUCUCUGCCCCCG